GUCAGCGCAUUGACGUGUGUUUACAAGGCCACAGCGCUUCGUUCUCAGAAAAGCAGACACCGCAGGUUAGCUAGCUGGCCGAGCUCCUUGUAAACAUGUUAUACAGACGCCAGUGACCCGUUCGCCUGGUAUAAGAGCAAAAGUAGCUAAAUUUAAGCGUUGUCUACGUGGUUCACCUAUCACGGACAGCACCAAACAGCCUUAACCGGGAGCGCGGCUGCUAACCCCGUUAAGCUCGUUAGCCACCAGCCGCUGGCGUGCAACACUGCUACCCGAGUCUUGUGCAACUUCGUCCGGAUCAAAGCGCUAGCUAGUGUGCGAAACGAACCGGAGGCUUUUCCUCGACUGUCCGCGAUGAACUGUCGCUCGGAGGUCCUGGAGGUGUCGGUGGAGGGGAGGCAGGUGGACGAGGCGAUGCUGGCGCUGCUGCACACGAUUCUAUUGCACCGCAGCACCGGCAAGUUCCACUACAAAAAGGAGGGCACGUACUCCAUAGGCACGGUGGGGACGCAGGACGUGGACUGCGACUUCAUCGACUUCACCUUCGUGCGGGUUUCUUCGGACGAGCUCGACCGAGUCAUCAGGAAAGCGGUCGCGGAAUUUAAGGACGCCCUCGGGAGCUCGGGAGGCGACGGCAUGGGCCAAAUCUCGCUGGAGUUCUUCCAGAAAAAGAAAUCCCGAUGGCCGUUUUCUGACGAGUGCAUCCCCUGGGAGGUCUGGACGAUAAAGGUCAACGUCGUGGACCUGGCCAACGAGUACGAGCGACAGAUAUGCCGUGAGAAAGUGGGCGAAAAGCUCGGCGAGAAGGUCAUCAACGUUGUGGAGGUGAUCAACCGGCACGAGUACCUGCCCAAGAUGCCCACGCAGUCAGAAGUGGACAACGUGUUUGACACGAGCUUGAAAGAUGUCCAGCCGUACUUGUACAAGAUCACCUACCAAAUCACAGAUUCCCUCGGGACGUCCGUGAGCACCACGAUGAGGAGGCUGAUCAAGGACACGUUGGCCUUGUGAGAACGUCCCCUACACGACCUCUGGAGCCUCUCUACCAGGUGUCCUGCUUUUGCAUUGACCUUACCUGCAAAACACGGUGCAUGUACUCCCUAGGCCAGCAGCAGGUCUCGGAUCAGCGUGGGUUUGUUUUUCAUGAGUUUAAAUGGCUGUUUUCUUCAUUGGUCAGCUGUCUUUUUUCCCACAUGUAAUGAAUGUACUCCUAUUUCUGCUCCUGCCUGCUUGGCCUGUCAGUAAGUAACACUAUUCAGUGAGUUACUCCCUUAGAAGCUGCACAGUAAAACAAAACCACAAGUGACGGCCUCGGCUCCAGAAACGGCGUGGCAUCAAACUAAUGUUUCGUUGUUUCGUUGUUUUUUUUCCCUUGUACGAUGUAAAAUUUAAUCUUGCACACAAAAACCUAACGUGUAUUUUGUACAGUGUAAUGGUGUGGUUUGUUUUCGAGAGUAAAAGUUAAAGCACUCUGUUGGCUUUCUGCUGCCAGGGUUCUGCGCCUCACUGUCA